AAUUAGUGUUUUGCGCUAAAUUGAAAUAAGGCCAGACUGUACUCGGCUUCCAAGACACGUGUCUCUUUUAAUGCUAAUGUUUUAUUUUUAAUAACCGUUAUAUCCGCAUUCGUCAGCUAGCUAGCAGGUAAGCUGUAACUACAGGUGGAGUUUAUGUGAGGGCAUCAACGUAUAAGUUGUGAGCUUCUGUAGUCAUAAAAAGGACUGCAGUCAAAAGAGAGAGGAGCUGGCACCGGUAUAAGGAAAACACAAAGUUGGUGGAGUGCCCAAGCUUAUGGCCGCCCCCCGCCUAAAAGUGGAUUUUUCUGAUUCACCAAUGGAAUUUCACAAAUAAGUGCUUGCUCUAUAUUAUAGUGAUUAUAAUAAUUAGUUUCUAUAUAGUCAAGGAGCAUGUCUCAUCAGCAUGGGAUGUCUGGUCAGCGAAUCUAUGGCUGUCACUGUUUUUGCUGAAACGUUCUUUGUGAAAGAAGUAGCGUAAACUAUAGCUUAAAAAAUCUACAUUCACUUUUUCUGCCUUCACAUCAGCAAAGUCACAUAGCCAUGGGCUAUUGUUCAAGUGCGAGGAAGAUUUCACGCAAGAGCAAGUACGUCAUACUGCUGAUUCUUGUGCUGUCAGUACUGGCAUGGAUAGCAAUAUUUUCAAGAGAGAUGGUGAAACCUAUCUGGCAUUACCCCGGCACUCAACAAACUCAUGUCAAAGAAGAGAGUCAGAGGAACGAGGUCGACUUGCAGAUAGAAGCAGCUAAUGAAAUAAAUACCCCACCACAAAAAACCAAGUGCCCUCGGGUGUCACCAUUGCUGAUGGGGGCUGUGAAACUGUCCUUUGAGUCCUCUCUGAAACUGAAGGAUGUAGAGAAAGACAACAAAGAAGUAAAUGAAGGCGAGUAUGAGCCCUUGUAUUGCACAGCGAGGCAAAGCGUAGCAAUCCUCAUCCCUCAUCGCAACCGAGAGCGACACCUCCUCUACCUCCUGCAUCACUUGCACCCCUUCUUGCAGAGACAGCAACUACACUAUGCCAUUUAUGUCAUCCAGCAGGCUGGUGAUGUAACUUUUAAUCGUGCCAAGUUAUUAAAUAUUGGAUACUUGGAGGCACUAAAAGACUACAACUGGGAUUGCUUCAUCUUCCAUGAUGUGGACCUGGUACCUGAAAAUGAUCAUAAUUUAUAUGUUUGUGACACGCAGCCCAAACACUUGGUGGUUGGCCGCAAUGUAACAGGAUACAGGCUGCGUUAUAAAGGCUACUUUGGAGGAGUCACUGCCUUGAGCAGAGACCAGUUUUUUAAAGUGAAUGGGUUUUCAAAUGCAUACUGGGGCUGGGGUGGAGAAGAUGAUGACCUUCGCAUCAGGGUUGAGCUACAGAAAAUGAAGAUCGUUCGGCCGCCCUCUGACGUAGCUCGCUACACAAUGGUGUUUCACAAACGAGACAGUGGCAAUGAAGUAAACCGGGACAGGAUGAGGUUGUUGGGUCGAACACCGCAGUCAUGGAGGAAAGAUGGACUCAACAGCUGCUCAUAUAAGACUUUAUCAGUUGAGAGGAGGCCUCUCUAUGUAAAUGUUACUGUGGACAUUGGCAAGCCAUUAAGUUGAAAUCUUAAAUAGAAAGCCUUCCUGUGACCAAAAAAUACUUUGCUAUAUUUACAGACAACAGAGUGCAGGAAAACUGCUACACAUGCAGAAGACAAUAUGUUGAGCUUGCAAAAUGCACAUUGUUUUGAUUUAGUUUAAAUACUAGAAUCAAAUUAAACCAGCAGCUGCGUUCAGAGUUAGCUGAAACAUUUGAGUUGCGUCCAAUCUUCAUGGUGUUACCAGCAUGCAAAAAACCAAAAGAUUUUUCUGACAAGGAAAGUUUAGCUUUUGUCAAAGUAUCCAAAUCCCUCAUUUGAAAUUGUCUAAACCAUUUAAAAAGUCAUAUAUGAUAGUUAAAAUCAGUGCACAUUUUUCUUUCUCCAUUUAAAUAAUCUUUGUGCCUUACAAUGGCUAACUACACAUUUUCCUCAUCAACCUUUAUGUCGUUAUCUACUAUAAAUAUGCAACUUAGUCCCGACCCCGGCAUUUCACAGUUGGCUGCUAGGUUGGCAGUUGGCUAACUCUUGAUUUAUGAGCAUUCCUCAACUCUGCUCUUGUAAGAGACCCGACUCAGGUCCACACCUCUACAGUCUGUCAUGUUAAGAAGCAGAGUAAAAACAAAUGCUUAGGGGAGAGAAAAUAUCAUGGCGGACAUCAGUAUUGACAGUGCCAGGAGCACACUGGAUAACUGCUUGGUUCUGGUUAAAGUAAACUAAACUGUGUAGAUGGAUUAACAGUCAUUGAGAUAUUUAUUACACAUUUAUUACAUGUAAUAAGUUCCCAUCAAUUCGAGAAACACUUUCUUCACCUGUCUGGCCUACCCUCUGCUUUAUCCGUGUCUCUGUAAUACAAGCCGAGCUCAGCAGAGACACGUACACAGUGCAACAGUGGAGAGGAGGGGCGCAAUUAAAGUAAACUGAAACAAGCUCCCACAGAAAACAAACUGAUGGCUUAUAAUGUGCUGCUACUGCUGGAUAAACCUCUUUUCUUAUCUGCAGCUCUGCCUCACCCUACCUGGCAAUUUCAAAUAUUUUGAUAGGGCUUCAGCUGCCAAACAUUGAUUAAUUUACGCUCCUGCCUUAACAUUUGUUAACAGCAUGUAUCUUGUGUGUUUUUAUUAUGAGUGCAAUAUCAUAUAACUCUUCCUACAGUUACAGUUUGGCAGUUAUGAUUGUUAUGAUUUUUUGACAUGCAUCUCGAUCUAACACCUCUUAGAUGUUUGCUUCUGUUUUUCCGCUCCACUAACACAGCAUGUCACAGCAUAUUUUCCCCCAGCUUUAACUUUAACUUGAGCAACUGGCUCAUAAGUCAGAUAACUGAGACGACAUCUGACACAGUUAAUGUUCAAGUCUGAUGGCAGUUGAGAAUUGGAUUAUGAAUGUAAUGUGCACUAAAGCUGUAUUAUUAAUUUUGAUACAUCCCCAAACUACAAAAUAGCUUAAAUUACUACUUAAAAAGUAAUUUAAAUACAAAAGCACAAAGUGCCUAAUAAACAGCACACAUUUAAAUCAUCAUUUAGUUGUUUAUAGAUAAAUUACACCUGUAUUUAUGGGAUUCAACACUUGGUUUCUCACUUUUCUAGCAAAAACAAGGACAUGUUUGGAAUAUUAGUAAAAUCACAGUAAUCAUAGUAAUGAUGCUAUCUAAGGUCUUCCUUAUUCUACAUUUGGCAGCAGUAUUCUAGCGUUUGUAUGCUUUUUUUUAUGCUUGCUUUGUUCAGUGAGUGGUAAACAACCACUUUAAGUUCAGCAUGAUAAUCGUCUUUUUCACCACUACUACAUCAGAUUAAGCAGAAAGAUUAAAAUCUCAUGCAAUAAUAAUAUAUAAAGGAUUCCAUUCAGAUGUUAUUUUGAAAAUGAAAGGACUUAAGAGUUAGGAGUUAGGGAAAAAAACAGGGUGAUGUAAUAAAGGAAUUCAAAGAGUUAAUUAUACCAGUCAUUAUGAAAACAAGUAUAGGACAGUAAGCUGCCUUAUUAUCACGAUUGCUAUUGAUGAAACCUGUGCACACCAUAAUACUGUGAAUAUUGGUCAAUUAGAAGGUCAACUAUGCUUAAGUUGUGUUUUUAGUGCACACUGUAAGCUCCUCUAGGAUCACAGUAAAUGAUCCUACAUUAAAAUUGCUAUAAAAAACAGCUUUGCUGCAUUAAUACACACAACUACAAAAUUAGCCCCAUGAGCCAUGUUUUCUGAUGCAGCGUGGUUCUUAUAACGACUAACAUGCUUGAUUUUUAUCUAGUAGAAAAUGUUGGGUGGUGGAUUAUUUAUUAUUAUUAUUUACUGGCAUCUCAGACUGGAGCAAAUUGCAUACGUGCUUUGAUCACUGCAUUGUUUGAUAUACAAAUUUGUCAUAUGUUUUUAUUUUAAUGCAAGGUAGUAUAGCUGUUAACUUGCUAUUAAGAUAUGUUCUUAUUUGUAUCUUUUUCAAUGAGCAAUAUUAGUAACUAUACUGGGAUAUAGAUUACUUCUGCUGUUACACGAUUGUGAGUUACAGGUCACAAUGAAUUUUGUGUGUGUGUGUGUGUGUGUGUGAAUUCUUGCACUGUUGAUGAACCAACUACUCUUUAAAUCUGCAGUGUGUUGUAGCCAUUAUGAAUACAAGUUCUCUGUGCUGGUGGCCAUACUGUCUGUUAUUGUAGUUCUAUUUCCACUCCUUGAUGAAUGUUAUGUUUGUUUGUUUGUUUGUUUUUAUAUGUACUGUGGUUUUAAAUCUUUUAUUUUAUAUGACUGAAACAUUUGAAGUAGUUACAUUUUCAACUGUAACUUCUUGAUCAGGACUGACAAAAUCAUGUUGUGAUAUUGUAGCAUUAAGAACCUUAAACUUAAAUUCUCUCGAAUUCAGUUUAUACUUUGAAAUUCAAAGUAGUUUUAUUGUGUAGUUUUUGUGUUUAGAAUAUUUUGUUUUUGUUUUGGAUUAUGGGAUUUCUGAAGAAGAAAAGGGAUACAAUUUGAUUGACUUGAAAUGGUAUUUUCUCUUUAG